AUCACUCUGUGGCAGCUAAAUCUGGAGGUUGUUUCCCCGGCGAGGCCUUGGUGACGUUGGCGAGCGGCGGUCAGAAGUCCAUGCGUGACCUUCGCCAAGGUGAACGAGUCCUGGCGUUGGCGGGUAGUGACAGUGGCAACGGGGAGCUGGUUUACAGCGAAGUCCUGCUUUUCCUGGACCGCGCCCCCGCCACCUGGACACUCUUCUACACCCUGCACACGGAGGCUGGGGCCCACCUCUCGCUCACUGCCGCCCACCUGAUAUUUGUAUCCGAGGGGAACUGCUCUGAGGGGGCGCUGCCGUCCCGCGGCGCCCUCAGGACUGUGUACGCCAGUGAGGCACGGCCGGGACAGUGUGUGCUGGUGUCAGAGGGGAAAGCGGGACGUCUGACCCGGAUCACCCGGGUCAGUAUGACGGAGAGCAGGGGGGCGUUUGCGCCACUGACCCAGCAGGGGACGGUGGUGGUGGACGGGGUGGUGGCGUCUUGCUACGCGGUGGUGGACCAGCACUCCCUGGCUCACUGGGCCUUCUCGCCGCUACGGCUCCUCCACAGCUGGACUGGGUUCACUGGGAGCCACAGUGACGGCAUCCACUGGUACUCGCAGCUUUUACACUGGCUGGGGACGAUGCUGCUGGGCUCGGGACGCCUUCACCCGCUGGGCGUGGCUCAGGACGACAGGUGAAGACAAACACAUGGGUGGACAUUUAAAUCAACCCUCGCUGUUUCACUGGGACGUGUGAACAUGGACAUACAGGACCAUGAUGGACGAGACAGGAUAUGUCUGGGUUCCUCUUGAGGCAUGAUGGGAGUUCUUUUGGCAGGAAGCUGUGGACUGGAACUCCCCAAAAACCACAAACACAGCAAAUAGAAGAGCACUCAGAGUAAGACUGAGCUAAAAAAAAGACUUUAAGUGACACUUGUGUCUGUUAAAACACUAUGAAACAAUAAUCCCUUAAUAAUCCCUCAAUCUCCUUUUAAAAACACCUCACUUUACACAUUAAGUAUCAUCGUAAGGGGGUCGGCUUCAGAGGUCUGAAAAAUUUUCAGUUGCAAAAUAGUGAUGUUUAAGGGAUUCUUAUUAAGAAUUUAAGUAUUUACGGGUAUUUCAAUUGUUUGAAAGCCCUCCCUGCAUGUUCAACUGAAAUAAAAUAAUUGAGGCACUUUUAAGGAACACUGUAACUUAUGGGAUGUUUUAAAAAAAAGUACCUUUAAGCCCACUAAGAAAAUUCAGGGAUUUUUUCAUGUUUUGG